AUGAUACAAAUUGGAAAUGCUGUAAUAUAAGAUAGUACUUUUUUAGAAAAUUAAGCCUACUUAUCAACUGGUGGAGCUAUAAGCUUAUAAAAUGCAAAUUUAUCUUUAAAAAACACUACUAUCCUUAACAAUAAAGCUAUAAUUGGUGGAGGAUUGAUUGAUGAGGAAGAAAGCCCUCUGUUAAUAUCUAAAGUUAGUCAGUUUGAUAGUCUUAUGUACAGCGAUGAUGUUCUUGCAAUAAUAUAGCAAAUAAGUGUUUCAUUAUAAUGGGAGUAGUCAAACUAAUAAAUUCAGUGUAUAGGAUAGCUUGAAACAAAAUAAUUUGUUUAAAGUGGUGGAUAUUAAUUAAAUGCAUAAGUGAUAUACAAACCAAAAAGUUAAAUGAACCUUUAAAUUGUUUCGAAUAUUUUCCCUUAGCUUGUAGAUUCAAGAGGAAAUAUAUAUCAAAAAUAGGAAUAGCUUAUUAAAAAUAUAGUUUUUAAUUUUGAUGAUUGCGAGAUAGGAUAAAUAGUUAAAUAAUAUAGUAGUUCUACCAUUUGUGAGAAUUGUUAAGAAGGUAAAUAUUCUUUAAAUAAAUAAGAUAUUGAAUGUUAAUAAUGUCCAGAAUCAGCUGUUAAAUGCUUCAAAUCAACAAUUCUAUUAAAGAAUGGAUAUUGGAGAAAAAAUGAAAAUACUGAUAUAAUAUCUUAUUGUAAUUUUAAUCCUCUUGCUUGCCAAGCAGAAUCUCCUGAAUCAAAAAUUGUAUAAAGAAGAAUAAAAGUUCUUAUUAAAUAUUUAAAAGGAUAUAAUUUUUAUGGCUAAGAAUCUUUUUAAUAGCUCUUUAAUACUUAAAGUGCCUAAAUAAGAUAGUCUAGUAUCUCACCUUAAUUGCAAAUAUAAACUCCAUAAUAAACUGAUAGAUUUAUUCUAUAAGAUACGAAUGAAUAAAAUUAUAAGGAUAACUUUAAAAAAGUAGAUACUUUUAAAAAUAUGAGAGAUAGAUGGUCUUAUUAUUCAAGAUCACCUAAAUCAAAUAUUCUGACUAAAUACGCAUCUAAUGAUUAAGAUAUGAUUGAUAGUUAAGAAAGUAAAUCACCUUAAAGUAAAUAUAACUUUUUAGAAAGCGCUAGAAGUCAAUACAUUAUGACAUCAAAUUACGAUUAAAGAUUGUAAACCAAAGAAUUUAAUAUGCUUUUAGACAAAAGUAAUUGA